UCACACUCCAACUCCAACUAGCAGCCGAGAGCAUCUUGCACCCUGCCGGCGAUGGCUGCCGCCACGGUAACCGUCCCCCGCAUCAAGCUGGGGUCGCAGGGGUUGGAGGUCUCCGCGCAGGGCCUCGGCUGCAUGGGCAUGUCCUGCGCCUACGGUCCGCCCAAGCCAGAGCCUGACAUGAUCAAGCUCAUCCACCACGCCGUCGCCGCCGGAGUCACCUUCCUCGACACCUCCGACGUCUACGGCCCACACACCAACGAGAUCCUCCUCGGAAAGGCGAUGCAAGGUGCAGUCCGGGAGAAGGUAGAGCUGGCCACCAAGUUCGGCAUCACCGUCAGCGACGACGGCCAGCCCCAGAUCUGCGGGGACCCGGCGUACGUCCGGGCAGCGUGUGAGGGAAGCCUCAAGAGACUCGGUGUCAAUUGCAUUGACCUCUACUUUCAGCACCGUGUCGAUAAGAAGGUGCCCAUCGAGAUCACGAUUGGUGAACUCAAGAAGCUAGUCGAUGAAGGAAAGAUAAAAUAUAUCGGGUUAUCUGAACCAUCUUCAUCAACAAUCAGAAGAGCUCAUGCAGUCCAUCCUAUUACUGCAGUUCAGAUAGAGUGGUCGUUAUGGUCCAGAGAUGUGGAAGAAGAUGUGAUUCCUACUUGCAGAGAACUUGGAAUUGGGAUUGUGGCUUACAGUCCACUAGGCAGAGGGUUCUUUUCUAGUGGGGCAAAAAUGGUAGAGUCACUGUCCGAGGACGACUUCCGCAAGCUUAUUCCUCGAUAUCAACCAGAGAAUCUUGACAAGAACGUCCAGAUAUUUGAGCGUGUCAACGCAAUGGCAGCAAGAAAAGGAUGCACCCCGUCACAACUCGCAUUGGCUUGGGUUCACCACCAGGGAAGCGAUGUUUGCCCUAUACCAGGCACAACAAAAAUUGAGAAUUUCAACCAGAACGUCGGAGCACUGUCUGUGAAGCUGACACCAGAGGAGAUGGCCGAACUGGAGUCAUAUGCUGCGGCAGGUGAAGUCCACGGAGACCGGAACGCUGAAAUUAUGGCUAUCACAUGGAAGGAUUCCGACACCCGGCCAUUGUCAUCUUGGAAACCUGAGUAGCUGAAUUACGUAUAUCGUCUUCAACUGCGUUCGUUGCCGUAUCUUUGAAUGUGCAGUUGAAGCUUAAAACCCCUGGUGUGACGAAUAAGCUGGUUUUCGUAUACCUGUAAUAAUUUAAGUUUGAAACUCUGGUGCUCUGAAUAAGCUUGUGCACUGUAUCAUCGUCAGUGUUCAUUGUAGGAGUAAAUUCAAUUUUUUUAGUAGACAAGAGUGUGAAACUGGAUCUUGUCUAGGUA